CCUGUUACUUUGUGCAAUCCCUCCCUCCUAGAAGUUCAGUUUCAAUUUCACUAGAAGUGCAUUCAUUUACUGAAAUCAGCCCGGAGUGUCUGAAAAGAAUACCGGUGGACCAGAGGCUUGUAGACUAGAGUGAAGAGUAACAAUCAUGGACAGAUGUAGGUCAGAGGAGGAUAAUUUGACUGCUGAAGAGAAGAAGGCAAGCCCCACUGUCUAGAUAAGUCUGCCUUCAACUAGAACUGCAACUCUUCCCUUUGGUAGGAAGCAGGACUAGCCCACUUGUGACCAAAAGGGGAGAAUGUAAAAAGGAACGUGAAGAAGAAGAACGCGCAAAUGUCAUCACAAGUGGAACUCUGCUCAUUAUGGCCUUCUUUAGACUACAAGAAAAUGAUAAUAAUGGCUACAUAAUACAGUACUUUGAACAGGUCCUACAUUCUAUCUUCUUUUUUGGAUAUAUUAACAAAAAAAAAAUCUUACCAGAAGACUUCCUUCCUGAAGAAGUGAUUUCGCAACUUAAAAAUCUGUUCCCGAAGCCAUUCAGAGAGUACAACACCCAUCUCCCUUAUUACACCCCAUACUCCAUUCUCCUGGAAUAUAUGACUAGGAUUAUAGGAGCAGAAGAUCCAGAUUUAUUCAUGCAAGAACUGACGAAGGUUAAUCAAUCACUGUGGAAGGUUUGUGAUGAGCAAGGAAACCAACCCAUUGCCAAUGAUUUUGCCGCAACAGCUUCUACAGUCUCAUACUGCUGUGUGAUAGACACCAACAAUGGAAAGGUUCUCGAGAAGGCUUAUGGAGCCUCAAUGUCCUGUAAAGGAAAGAUCCAAAGGGAAAUCAUGAUUGCUCUAUCUGCCCUGCAUGUGUGGGACAAGGCCAUCUCGUAUGCAGUGAGUAGUAAGGGUAAACAUCCUAUAACGUUCCCAGAUCGAGUGCACUGUAGGGCCUAUAGUAUAAUCGCCCAAAGAGGGGCGUAUAAGGAAAAACGUCCAUGUAAAAGAUGCAACCAAUUGUAUAAAGUAAACUUUAUUCCAGGAUAUGAAGCAGAUAACAGGGAAUAUCCGUAUGGAAACUGUGCGGAAAAUGAAUCGCUCAGCAGGCUGCUGCAGGCAGAAACAAAUAUUAGAAAUGAAAUUUUUAAUGUAGGGGAUAAUGGAGAGAAACUGAACAGAGAGGCUAUGGAGAGGAAGUUUAAAGAUGAGUAUGAAGGCGAAAAGAAAUGUCGAGUCAAAGCGCUCCUUUCGUCUAUGCAGUUUAAGCUCAACCCACAACAAUGGAACUUUUUUACCCCUUCUAGCUCAGUUUAAACUGUUAUCUCAGAGGUCCUCUGUACCUCACAAAGUGAUUGAAAUUAGGGUAUGUUCAGAUGUAACUAGGGAUGAGCGAAUCGACUUCGGAUGCUUCAUCCGAAGUCGAUUCACUAAAAACUUUGUUGUAAUACUGCCCGGAGCUCCCACUCUGUACAGUAUUAGAAUGUAUUGGCUCCGUAUAAUAAUUCGGGAAUUAUCACUGUAAAAAACCUUGGUACUGAACUCGGGUUGGGUUCCGAGUGGUACCUUAGAACUGAACCUGCGUUCGGUACCAAGGUUUUUUACAGUAUUAAUUAAUUUCCGAAGUUAUUACACGAAGUCUUGCAAAACUACAACUCCCACCAUGCCCUGCUGUAGGCUGAUAGCUGUAGGCUGUCCAGGCAUGCUGGGAGUUGUAGUUUUGCAACAGCUGGAGGGCCGCAGGUUGGGCAUCCCUGGUCUAUAUUGUUAAUGACCUUUAAUACCACGCGGCCAUUAAAGGGAGUCUGUCACGUACUUUAACUGAUGCUAAUGUCUGUAAAGUGCUGGGGAAUAUAGUAGCGCUAUAUAAGUGCGUAUAAUUAAUAUUAAAUCAUCAUUGCCCUGUAGGUGAUAUGAACAGUUAACAGAUCGUACCUUUCUUUGUUUUCUGUGUAUCUAUUGUUAAAAAAAACUAAGUUUGGAGAUAUAUGCAAAUGACUACAGGUGCCCAGGGGCGUUCCUCACUGAUGCAAGUGCCCAUGCUUAGAAUUUUUCACACUUAGAAUUUUUUCUGAAAUAUAAUGCAGACGGAUCCGUUCUGAACUGAUCCCAUCGUUUGCAUUAUAGGAGCGGAUCCGUCUGUGCAGUCACCAGACGGAUCCGCUCCGAACGCAAGUGUGAAAGUAGCCUUAAUUGGACAGCAUGUGCAUGCCCAAAUUCUUCCCCAGCCCAUGGCUGGCUGUCCCUCAGUAUAUAAGGCAGCUUCCUUAGUGGGAGGGUGCCUGAGCUUUAGGUUUCUUAGUUUACUAUGGGACAUCUCAGGGACAGGACUCAUCUCAGGUUAAUUUGCAUAUGUAUCAAAUCUUUUUUUGACACAAUAAAAGCACACAGAGCUAUGGGGACUGGGUAUUGCGGAUGUGCUAGCAAUCAUCUAGCAACCCAUGGCCUCAGUUCUAUACACAAAAUCCAGGUGACAGGUUCCCUUUAAUGAAUCAAUUAGCCGAUUGGAAAAAUAUAUUGGCAAACUUAAGAUUGGUGUCUCACAAUUUCAAUCACGUGGUGGUUCAAUGUAAUAUUCUUCACAGAAUUUAUUUCACACCAGUAUGGCUCAAUAAAUGCAGUUUAAGAAAUAAUUCAAACUAUCCACGAUGUGAUUUACCGGGAGCUGAUUAUUUACAUGUGUUGGUCUUGUAGAGAAUUAAUAGAAUAUUGGAGGGCAAUCUAUAUCACCCAAAAAUUGAAAGUAGUGAUUCCAUUUACAGAACAAUUUUGGAUACUUGGCGAUCUUUCCCAGGUUAAUUGUCAUAAGUAUAAAAAGAUUUUGUUAAUUAAAAUAAUGUUUUUGGCUAGAUAUGAAAAUAUCCUAUAUAAACAAAGAAAUACUGAGGAGAAAUGGAAUAGGAUAUGGGGGAAUUGGAAGCCUUAAGUUUAAUCGAAUGUUUAUUGGCGUCCACCUCAUCAGUAUCCCGUCUCCGUCUUCUAGAUGGAGGAGAUAGGAGACGCAUCGCAAGGGGGAGGGAUGGUAGGGUUAAGGGGCUAAAGUUUAAAAGAGGGUAACAUUUUUGUUGAUUCAUUUGUAUGAAAUUGUUAUGCUUUAACUUUUUUUAUAAAUAUUUUAGAAAAAAAAAAGUUAUCACUGUAAUCACUGUUUCUAUUCUUUGCUAAUUUUGAAACUAAGAGGUGAGUCAAAAAUGAACCGCACUCUAGCUGUAGAAUUUAUUUUGAUCAACUUACAGAAAAGACAUGCAUCAUUUUCCUAGAUAAUCCUAGAUAAAGAAGCUUUGGUAUUCCCUCAUUACCACAAAUGCACCGCUGUUCUCUUCAUCAGACAUGAAUCUUCGUUCUCAUAGGGAUUUUCCACAUAAUCCACUGUCACUCGUCUAUCCAACAGAAUCAGCUCACGUGUGCUCUCUACGUUGUCAUCAGUUGUGGACGGGCGCCUGGCUUCUUCUUCAUGGCUGACACUUGUGCAACCUUUCUUGAACUUCUCUAUCCAUUCAUACACACUUCUUCGCGACAAAACACUUUUUUUCCAUAUUGUGCACAAAGUUUUCUGACACACUCUCAGACCAUAAUAAAACCAAUCACUGCUCUUCUUCUGUGCAAAUCAGAAGUGGGCAGCCAUUUUUUUUUUAUCGCGCCACAGUCACAAAUGAACUGACAUAACACAUUCAAACUUGCACAGCAGUGACUGGGGAGACAGCAACCUUGUACCAAAAGCGCUGAUAAGUGCGGCCAACAGAAGUUUUCAUAUAGCCGGAGUGCGGAUCUUUUAUGACUCACCCUCGUAUUUUGCUUACUGUUGAUUUUUGUAACAUUCUAAUUUGCUUAUUUCUUCUAUAUUGUUGCAAACAGAGGCAGACUGGCCAGAGACCCUAUUGGGAAAUUUCCUGGUGGGCUGAUGCCCAGGGGGCAACCUGAGACCUUAUCAGGGCCAUUGGCUGGGUACAUAAUCUGAUCUCAGCAUUAUUAAUGCCAGGAGCAUUCAGUUAUGUUGCCGUCCUCAGGACAGUGAUACAGUUGAAUACUGUGAUGCAAGUGGCAAUAUUUUUUCCUGAACUGUAGCACUUGGUUCUGCUGGGGCAGUAUUUUGUGCUGCACUAAGGUUCUGCUGGCCCUGCAUACUUUUGUUGUCCCACCUUCUGUCAAUCUGGAGCCGCCUACAACAUGGGGGCAUUUUGAGUUUUUUUUACAGAGCCACUUUAAGUUCCCAGUCCGCCCCUGGUCUCAAAUUCUACAUAUUCAAUGUUUGUAUUUUGUUCUUUUCAUUUCAUAUUUUGUUAUAAUAAAGUAAUCUUUCAU